GAACCUGAAGUAGUAGAAGAAGAAGGACAUGCGGGCGAUUUGUGUUUACUGCAAGUGUAGCCGUCACUGUUAUAAUACAUCCAUGAGCUGUUAGUAAUGAGGGUCUCUUUUUCUCUUAACAGUUUAUAUUAUUUCACUGCUCUAGGUGACAUGACCCAUUUUGUUUGAAGAAACGUUACUUGUGCCUUCAGUCAGCCAGAGAUACUGACACAGUAACAGCCAGAGAUGUCUGGUUUCAGCGCUGAGCUAAUUGACUACCUGGAAGGGAGGAUAACAUUCGAAGAGUUUGACAAGCGGCGAGAUGAGCGGAAAGCCAAGGAGUCAGAGGUAUCUGCUGAAGGUGUGGAGGAUGAUGCUCAGCCCUCUACCUCUGCACAAGUCCAGGGGAACAUCGAGGAGGGUGUCAGCCCUGGGGUCCAGCUGGCUUUUGCUUCCAUGCUGGGAGAAAGGCCAGAACCACCAUCUUCCGAAGAGGAGGACAGCUUGAGCUAUGUUGAUGAUGAAGAUGAUGAGGAUUACAAGGUGGAGCAAGAGGAGGAGGGAAAGAUGAAAGUGGAGAAGACAGAGAAGAUUCCGAAGCAAAGGGGUAAAAGAGGGAAAGGACGCAAAAACAGAAAGAAGAGUGAGUUGUCUGAGGAGGAUGUGACGGUGGGGGAUGUGUUCGCGCUGGAGAUGGAGCUGAACCGAGAAAACAAGAAGAUGAUGAAGGAGCGCCGUCAUCGCAGUAAGCUACCCCGAGCUCUGAGAGGCUUGAUGGGAGAAGCAAACAUCCGCUACGCCAGAGGGGAGAAAGACGACGCCAUCUUGAUGUGUAUGGAGAUCAUAAGACAGGCUCCUCUGGCCUAUGAGCCUUUCUCCACAUUGGCUAUGAUCUACGAGGACGAUGAAGACAUGGACAAAGCGCUGCAGUUCGGUCUGAUUGCCGCCCACCUGAACCCCUCAGACUGUGAGGAAUGGAUCAGACUGGCAGAAAUGUCUCUGGAGCAAGACAACAUCCGACAGGCCAUUGUCUGCUACUCAAAGGCCAUUAAGUAUGACCCCACCAAUGUGCGCUACGUGUGGGAGCGCUCCAGCCUUCACAUGCGUCUGGGCGAGCACAAACAGUGCAUGGAUGGCUACCGCAAGAUUCUAUCAUUGCUGCCGCUGGAGGAUGGCGAGCACUUCAUGCAGCUCUCUAAAGACAUGGCCAAGAGUUACUAUGAAAGUAAUGACUUGCCCUCAGCUCUGGGUGUAAUAGAUGAAGCUCUGGCGCGACACCCCAGCCUUGUCAGCGAUGACUUCAUCAACAUGGCAGCAGAGCUCUAUAUCGCCAAUCGGCAGUACAAUAAGGCCCUGCAGGUGUUGGUCCAGUUUGCAGGUAUAGUUUUGGUCACAGAUGAAUCCAACUCAGAGUUUGCAGUACCAAGACAAGCAGAGAAAGUGGCAGAGAAGACUACUGCAGAACAAGAGAAGAAAAAUGAAGAGGGCAAGUCAAAGACUCCAGAGGAAAUUGCUGCGGAAGAGAACAGUGGAAUUAAGGAUGUACAGGUACCAGACAGUGUCCCAGUGGACCUGAAGGCCAAGCUAAUUGUCUGCCUCAUACACCUGCAUGUCUACAUUCCCUUGGAGGGACUAGUGUCAUCGCUGAUGGAGCAGAGUCCAGAGGAGAUUGGUGACUUGUACCUGGAUGUAGGUGAAGCCUACUUGGAGAAGGGCGAGUACAUGUCUGCUCUGACUCUGCUAUCUGCCCUCGUCAUAUCCGAGAAGUACAACCUAGCUGUUGUCUGGCUCCGACAUGCAGAGUGUCUAAAGGCGCUGGGCCACAUGGAGGCAGCAGCAGAGAGCUACACUAAGGUGGUGGAGAUGGCUCCGCAGCACCUGGAGGCUCGGCUCUCCUUGGCCACCCUGCAGCAGCAGCUGGGCCGGCCGGAGUGUGCCCUUAAGGCCCUGGAGUCCAUGUACGACAGCGACACACUGGCACAGGACUCAUCAGCUGCACAAAAGGAAUUAAAGCUUUUGCUGCAUCGUUCUACACUGCUAAAGACUCAGGGACAAACACAUGACUACUUGGAUGCUAUGAUCACCAUGAUCUCCAUGCUACUUAAGGUGGCCAUGCAGCGAGCUAAGGUGUGUGUGCGUUCUGUAACCGUGUCAGGUGAGAAUCAUCUGAGACUGGGGAAGACCAAGGACAUGCUGCCAGAGAUUGCUGACCAUGAAGCUGCCUAUCUGGACAACACUGGUAAAACAAACGUUCUGUCAAAAGAAGACUGGUGGCAGCUGCUGGUGAGCUGUGUGCUGACACUAUGUGAGGUGCGGCGCUAUGAGGAGGCCGAGCUCCUAGUAGAGUCUGCCAUGGAGUUCUUCUCCUUCUACGACAACAAGCCCAAGAGGAAGGAGAUGGAGUUCUUCGGCCUGUCCGCCACCAUCCUUGACCACAACUACUACAAGGCCUACAAUUACAUUAGAUUGAUGCUGAUGGAAAAUGUGGAUCUGCCUCAGCUUUGGAAUAUAUUUAACCAGCUGACAAUAACCUCCCAACACCAGCGUCACCAUCGGUUCUGUCUACGCCUGCUGUUAAAACAUCCUGAUAACCACGCCUUGUGUGUCCUGUGUGGACACAACGCCAUGGUGUCAGGGAGCUUCAAACAUGCUCUGGGCCAGUAUGUUCAGGCCUUCCAGACUCACCCAAAUGCCCCACUCCACAGCCUCUGUGUGGGUCUCACCUUCUUCCACAUGGCAUCUCAGAAGUAUGUUGCCAAACGACAUACACUGGUGCUUCAGGGUUUCUCCUUUCUUUGGCGGUACGUGGAGCUCCGUGGAGAGUGUCAAGAGAGCAUGUACAACCUGGGCAGAGCUCUGCACCAGAUGGGCCUCACACAUUUGGCCAUACAUUACUACCAGAAGGCACUUACACUACCUGCUCAGAAACUGGAGGGUAUUCCUGAUGAUCAGGUGGAUCUGAGGAGGGAGAUCGCCUUCAAUAUCUCUCUCAUCUACCAGGCCAGUGGAAACACGGAGAUGGCCCGCCAGAUCAUCAAUUCACACUGCAUUGUUUGAAAAGGCACAUAAAUGACUGAAUAUAUGUGCCAAGGUUUUUGAUAUUGAUUUUUGAGAACCCCUGCAAGUACUGUACCUUGUAAAAAAUAUGGAAGA